CGUAAACCCAGUCCAAGAAGAGAACCUACAAGCUGGACUUGUAGAUUAAAAUUACCUCACCAAAAAGACAGUCUCUGAAAGCUUCCUCCAGACCUACCCGUGUAUAAAGCUGGCCCAGCAAAAGAACUGAGAAUUACAGCCUGAGAUGGAUGGCAGUAAUUGCAAAGUUAUUGCUCCUCUCCUAACUCAGAGAUACCGGAGGAUGGUCACCAAGGAUGGCCAUAGCACACUUCAAAUGGAUGGCGCUCAAAGAGGUCUUGCAUAUCUUCGAGACGCUUGGGGAAUCCUAAUGGACAUGCGCUGGCGCUGGAUGAUGUUGGUUUUUUCUGCUUCUUUUGUUAUCCACUGGCUUGUCUUUGCAGUGCUCUGGUAUGUUCUAGCUGAGAUGAAUGGUGAUCUGGAACUAGAUCAUGAUGCCCCACCUGAAAACCACACUAUCUGUGUCAAGUACAUCACCAGUUUCACAGCUGCAUUCUCCUUCUCCCUGGAGACACAACUCACAAUUGGUUACGGUACCAUGUUCCCCAGUGGUGACUGUCCUAGUGCAAUCGCCCUACUUGCCAUACAAAUGCUCCUAGGCCUCAUGCUAGAGGCCUUCAUCACAGGUGCCUUUGUGGCGAAGAUCGCCCGGCCAAAAAAUCGAGCUUUCUCAAUUCGCUUUACUGACUUAGCAGUAGUAGCUCACGUAGAUGGUAAACCUAAUCUUAUUUUCCAAGUGGCCAACACUCGACCUAGCCCUCUAACCAGUGUUCGGGUCUCAGCUGUACUCUAUCAGGAAAGAGAAAACGGCGAACUCUACCAGACCAGUGUGGACUUCCACCUUGAUGGCAUCAGUUCUGAGGAAUGUCCAUUCUUUAUCUUUCCACUAACCUACUAUCACUCCAUUAUACCAUCGAGUCCCCUGGCUACUCUGCUCCAGCAUGAAAAUCCUCCCCACUUUGAAUUAGUUGUGUUCCUUUCAGCAAUGCAGGAAGGCACUGGAGAAAUAUGCCAAAGGAGGACAUCCUACCUACCCUCUGAGAUCAUGUUACAUCACUGUUUUGCAUCUCUGCUGACCCGAGGUUCCAAAGGUGAAUAUCAAAUCAAGAUGGAGAAUUUUGAUAAGACUAUUCCUGAACUUCCAACACCUCUGGUCUCCAAGAGCCCAAACAGGACUGACCUGGACAUCCAUAUCAAUGGACAAAGCAUUGACAAUUUUCAGAUCUCUGAAACAGGACUGACAGAGUAAGAAAUAUCCAUAGCGCCCUAUUUUUUAAUGUAUUAAAUAUACUCAGCCAGUUAUGCACCUAUUUUUCCUUCAUCAUAUCUCAUGUUUUCUUUUUUCCAAUGCUGAUUACAUCUUUCUGAUUACAUCACGGUGAUCAAGCCUCCGCCCAUAAAAAAAAAUGGCUAGCAAUACACAUUGUGGAAAUAUAACAUUAUACAAAGUU